UCAAAAUAAAUUGCAUGUUCAGGUCAGUUUAUACAUACAUUCACAAAUUAUGUUAUGCGCAAUUUCUGCUAUCAACGUAACAAUGUUUUAACUUAUUAACAAUGUGCCUUUAACUUUUAAUUACACAUGAUAACUGCAAAGUGGCUCCCAACAUUCAUGCAAAUAAGUUAGCAUAGUCGAUCUUCAUGAAGUUAUUUUACUUAACGAAUGAUACAAAAUGAUCUAAACAAUAUGCUUGUAAAGUUUACACAAACCUAUACGUUAAAUGAGGCGUGUCGUUUCUGACCCUGCUUUGCAUGCUCUCAACCUGCGGGGAGUGAUAGAGUCAAGAUCCUGACAACUGCAGCGGCAGAUUAGUGAAGUAAAACAUUGCGUCACCCUGGCAGAUUUACAAGCUUUAUGAUUACGAUUAUUAUUAUUAUUUCAAUUAGCAAAUUUGUAGGUAACAUAAAAAAGGUUAUUUGCGAAGAACAGAGUUUAUCUGGGUUAUUUUGUACUACUAACAGAUUAAAAAGAACAUAAUAUAAUAAAUAAAAGUCAAUGAAACUGCAAUAAAAUGUUAUUAAAAUAAAUAAAACGCAUAUAUAUAUAACUAAUGAGAAUGAGUGAGUGAGUGAGUGAGUGAGAAUAAUACGCUACUGAAUACUGGCUCGUGUACAAGGUACGUUGCAAAAAAUGUAAGACUAGAGAUAUUUAUUAAUCAUGUAAACAAAACGCAGGACAGAGUGAAAAAUAUUAGACUUUUGUAGCCACUGUUUUUUUUAGGUGAAAACAGACACACAGUCGCCCUCAGCUUAAGACGGUGACAAGAAUUGACACUUUGUGGCAAAGUAAGACGAAACCUGUGAUUUCCGGGAAAAAGUCAGGAAGGCGGAACGCUUAAUGUUUUUAUUGUAUUUUGAUUGGUUGAGCAGCGCUGAACUUGCUCUGUGAUUAGUUGUUCAGACGCCAAUUUUUGGCUCUGCCCGAGGAAAAAAACCACUGCGUUGCGUUUGUGAUUUGACAGAAAGUGAGUUGUGAUCCGGUUGAGCCGUGGGUGGAUAGAGAGAGAGCCUUCCCUUGUUUACCUUCAUCCGAGCUGAGAUAACAGCGUUGCCAGUGCAUACUUGAUUUAUUGUUCUUUGUUGUUUUUUCAAGAUAAGGUUUGUCCAUUUAUUCCUUGGUAUGUUUUUGGAGAUAGAACGCCCUGGAUGUCAGGGAUUCCCCCAAACUAAAGAGCGACCGUUGUUUCCCAGGCUAAGCUAGCAGGCAGGCAGUCACACAGCCAAACGGGUGGGGGUGGAUUUCUACAUUUCGGCCCUCGGAAAGUUAAUUUAAACGACAUGUGAGGAGCAUGUUGUUGAACAAUGACAAGCAGAGGGAGUGGGUGUAAUGGUGGAGAGCUCGUAGAAAGUGGAGAAAUGACCGUGGAUGAUCAUUGCUAACUCUGACCAAUGCUGGACUAAAGGCCUCAAACGCUUUUGCUAUCCGUACAACGGGCCGAUUAUGAUGGGUUACGAAAAUUGAGGUUCAUAAUGUUAACAUAUUCUCGUGACUUUUAAACCAAAAGCCAGCGUCAGUCAUAAAGUGAGCUUGUAAACAAAGAGUCCGGAGCUCCACCUGUCCACAACGACGUUACACCUCGAGGUACUGUCUGAAUAUUGUAUGAAAUCCACCCACUGAAAUGGAUUUAAAGACGGCAGUAUUUAAUGCAGCAAGGGACGGUAAACUUCGGUUGCUACAGAAACUCCUGGAGAACAAAGAUGGACAUGAAGUGACAAAGAUAAUUGGCGAGAAAACAAACGGGGCCACGCCGCUCCUGAUGGCCGCCCGUUACGGCCACCUGGACCUGGUGGAAUAUCUGCUGGAGUGCUGCUGCGCAUCUGUGGAGGUAGGUGGUUCAGUGAACUUUGACGGAGAGACCAUAGAGGGGGCUCCACCGCUUUGGGCUGCCUCGGCGGCAGGACACCUAAAGGUAGUCCAGUCUCUGCUGGGCCAUGGUGCUUCAGUCAACAGUACCACCGUGACUAACUCCACACCACUGAGGGCAGCCUGCUUUGACGGACACCUGGACAUUGUGAAAUAUCUAGUGGAGCACAAGGCUGACCUGGAGGUAGCCAACCGACAUGGUCACACAUGCCUGAUGAUUUCCUGCUACAAGGGACACAAGGAGAUAGCUCAAUACCUGCUGGAGAAAGGUGCAGAUGUUAAUCGGAAAAGUGUUAAAGGGAACACAGCCCUCCAUGAUUGUGCAGAGUCAUGCAGUCUGGAAAUCAUGAGGAUGUUACUUCAGUUUGGAGCUUCCAUGGAGCAGGAUGGCUAUGGCAUGACACCACUUCUCUCUGCCAGUGUCACGGGUCACACCAACAUAGUAGACUAUCUGACAACGCAUCAGCAGACAAGCCACAGGGAGCGGAUAGAUGCCCUGGAACUGUUGGGAGCCACAUUUGUUGACAAAAAGAGAGAUUUACUCGGAGCUCUGAAAUACUGGAAGAGAGCAAUGGACCUCAGAUACAUAGACAGUAACAACAUUGUCCAUAAACCUGAACCCAAGCAGCUAAUCAUGGCCUAUGACUACGCCCGAGAGGUCACAAAUGGAGAAGAGCUGGACGGCUUAAUUUCCGACCCAGAUGAGAUGCGAAUGCAGGCUUUGCUAAUCCGAGAGAGAAUCCUUGGCCCACAACAUCCAGACACGUCUUAUUACAUCCGCUAUCGAGGUGCCGUCUAUGCUGACUCUGGGAAUUUUGAGCGCUGCAUUAAUCUGUGGAAGUAUGCACUGGACAUGCAGCAGAGCAAUCUGGACCCCCUCAGCCCCAUGACCGCCUCCAGCCUGCUGUCCUUUGCUGAGCUCUUCUCCUUCAUGCUGCAGGACAGAGCCAAAGGGCUGUUGGGGAUGUCUGUGUCAUUUGAGGACUUGAUGGGAAUCCUGUCCAGUAGCGUGUUGGAGAUUGAGCGAGCGGUCAGGCAAAAUGGACAAACGCCAGCUGACCCCACGCAGCUGAGCAAGGCACUGUCAAUCAUUCUGCACCUCAUUUGUCUAUUAGAGAAGGUGCCUUGUACUACAGAGCAAGAUCACUUCAAGAAGGAAACAAUCUACAGGUUAGUGAAACUUCAGCCAUGUGGUAAGAACGGCUACAGUCCAUUACAUCUGGCAGUGGAUCGGAACACCACGUGUGUGGGUCGCUAUCCUGUCUGUAAAUUCCCCUCCCUCACUGUCGCGUCCAUCCUCCUGGAGUGUGGGGCAGAUGUUAACUGUCGGGAUGAAGAUGGCAACAGCCCUCUCCACAUAGCGGCAUCAAACGGCCACCCUGACAUCAUGAACCUGCUCAUUUCCUGUGGGACUCACUUCGACAGCACUAACGCCUUCCAGCAAACCGCCUGUGAACUCCUGGAUGAGAAGGAGCUGACCAGGAAUGUCAUCCAGCCCAUAAACCACACCACGUUGCAGUGCGUCGCCGCCAGGGUUAUCAUUAAGCACGGCCUGGAAUACCGGGGAAACAUCCCUGUGAAACUGGAGUCCUUUGUCUUGCUCCACAGAUAAUGAUUGUGAAGGAGCAGAGGCUAAAGAGCGAACGGCUGGAUGGAUUCAGGAGGUGGUGUUGUUAGAUAACAGAACUUUUGAGGUUCAAUACCUGACUGUCUUCAGGUGUGAGGAGCUGAGAGAGACAAUUUUUUUUUUUGUUUUUUUUUAGGGUGAACGUUUGCAAAUCAGUACUGACUGCACAAAAAUGUCCUCGGUCAACCAGGGCGAUCUGGAGUAACGUGGAUUAAACGGAGAGAAAGAGGAGACACUGUUCUCGUCCUUUGUGCUGUUUGAUGCAGCUGCAUGAAAACUCUGGGAUCUAGGAUUUAUUUGGAGUGAACUGCAGCAUGAGACAAACCAAUGUACAUUUGGGUGAACUGAGCAAAGGGUUAAUGUAUUUUUUGCUUUAGAAAACAUGGAUAUUUUUUGCAUAUUCCACAGUGCUAUUUAUUGAAUGAAACAUGAGAGAUUUUUCUCCAUGCUGGCUCCAAACCUGGCUUCAACUUUGCCUGUUUCUUUCUUCUCAAAGCAAGAAUUUAGGUAUUUCUACACAUGCUGGGACUUCAGGUUUUUGUUUUUUGGUCACUGUUGACAACAGUCAUGGGCCCCUUCCUCAGUCAUCAGUAGUUAUUGUUUUUUUGUAUUUUUACAGUGAAUUUAGGCGUUGUCAUGCAAAUCUGGAAAUCAGCCAAGUGGUGUGGUUCUGUCAUUUGUUAUAUUAUAGUUCCCACUCUGGUGUAAAACAAAAAGCUUUAUCAGAAAGGUAAUGUGUGUGUGAACAAGUGCUUUAUACUUCCUAUGCAGAGGAUAUGCUGUUGUAAAGAGAGACUGUUGUAUUCUGUGCCGGCACUUCUCUGUGCAAUAUCUCUCAUGAGUUUUUGUGUUUACCUCAUCACCUUUUCCUCCGGUAUCUGGCUGCUUCACUCACUGAAGGUGGAGAUACAAAUUCAUGAAGGGUGAUUGGGUGUGAAUGAGUGGUAGUGAGUGCUGCACAGUUUUGUUUCUUAAAUGCUGUUUUUUUUGUUUGUUUGUUUUUUUUAAUUACACAAACUGUUGAGGACAACAGUGUGGUGGAGUGGAAAUUCCAAAUUGCACAACUGCCACUGAAACAUCAGUGGCCAAACCUUAACCAUCCACAACCGUUGAUGUGUGCAUGCCUGUCGACAGAACUGACCUCCCACAGUCAAACUAUAGAUGCCAUUCAAUGAUGGAGAACUGUAUUUGGAUGCUGUCAUCAUCUGUGCAUGUGCAGCAGCAUCGUUGCGUUGUACAAUUGCCAUUCAAGUGUAUUAUAUGGGAGCCAACGGCACAAAUGAGAGGGAGGAAGUGUCGACGUACGGCAUAGUACAGCUUUGUGAUCUACGUUUGCACAUUAGUUUUAGAUGUGUGGGUUAAAAAGGGCUUUUUCAUAAUCCGUAGGAUUUCACAUCUCAGUUUAUUCAACCUGACAGUUCUAAACCAGACAUGGGGAAUGUGUGAAGACUCCCAAGACAACUUGACUUAAAUCUGCACUUUACUACAGCGGAGUUGAAAUUGAUUUGAUAUGCCAUUAAUCAAGCUCAUGUCUUAAUAACCAGUUUGACAAUAAACCCAUUGUUGGUGCCGA